UGUAGAACUUAUAUACCUUGCCUAUGGCGCCCUACCUCUUGCGCAUGCCGACUGCCCUUGAGUAUGCUAUUGCGGUUUCAACACAACGAGCCUUUCGAAACAUUUGGCAUGCCUACUCCUUCCGUCUCUCAGAACUGGACCUACUAGUUCUACGAUCUUACGACUACUACAUAAGCAAUGUUCUCCUGGUAUCGACUCGUCGACGUGCUGGCUGUCCCGACCACGAAGGAGACGACAUCUUCCGUCUGGAUCAACGAUGAUAUCCGUCCUUUACCGCCAUACCGGCGAACUUGGGGGAAAUAUGCAUAUAUAUCGUUCUGGGCUAUCAACAAUCUCUGCCUAAGCAAUUGGCAGGUCGGCGCUUCUCUAGUUGCCGCCGGCUUGUCGGUUUGGCAAACUAUGGUUGCGAUCAUUGUCGGAAAGAUCAUCAUAUCCUUGGUCGCUGUAUUUAACGGCUAUGUUGGGGCAGACUGGCACAUUGGAUUUCCUGUGUUUUCAAGGAAUGUAUGGGGCAUUUACGGCUCAUAUCUCAUGCUUUUGCAGCGUAUACUGCUCUCUCUUGUCUGGCUUGCUGUUCAGAGCUGGACGGGAGGAUUAUGCGUGACGGCCAUCCUGGCAUCGAUAUUCUCGGGAUUCCAACACUUGGAUAACGUCUUUCCCGAGUCAAGCCAUUUGACCACCAAGCAAUUUAUAGGAUGGAUCCUCUAUAACGUCAUCAGUAUCCCGAUCAUGUACAUACCGCCAGAAAAGACUAAGAGAUUACUCGCGGCUAUGAACGCCGUAUCUUUUUUUACCCUUCUGGGAAUAAUGAUUUGGGCCCUUUCUGCUGCCAACGGGGCUGGUCCGCUCCUCUCUCGGCCUUCGACUCUAAACGGGUCCACUGAGCUUGGAUGGUCCAUCGUCAGUGGUAUCACAUCGGUAAUCGGGAGUAUUGCGGUCGGCCUGACCAACCAAGCAGAUUAUUCUCGCUUCGCUCGAAGGCCAGGCGAUCAGGUGUUCGGUCAAUGGUUUUCUAUUAUACUGUUUGGUACCGUCAUGCCGCUUUUUGGUUGCCUGGCAUCGUCUGCCACGAUGGGAAUCUACGGUGAAGCCCUCUGGAACCCACCAGAAAUCGCCCUCCAGUGGCUAGAUACCGAUUACAAUGCAAAAUCUCGAGCAGGAGCCUUCUUUGCAGGAGUGGGCCUUGUCAUCUGCCAGCUAGCCAUCAACACGGUUGAUAAUGCAUUCUCGACCGGAAUGGACAUGAGCGCCCUGUUUCCCAAAUUUAUCAACAUCCGCCGUGGUGCAUAUAUUGGUCUCAUCAUCUCAAUCGCCCUGUGUCCUUGGGAGCUGCUCGCGAGCGCUGCGACAUUCAUCCAGGUUUUAUCUGCCUAUUCUGUAUUCCUUGGUCCCAUGUGUGGGAUCAUGAUUACGGAUUACUGGAUCAUCAGGUCUCGACGGAUCAAACUGAGUGACCUUUACGACCCUCGACCCCAGGGUAUAUAUUACUACCUCUACGGUAUCAAUUGGCGUUCAUUUGCUGCCUGGGUGGUCGGGUUCAUUCCGCUGCUGCCGGGAUUCGUACAUGCAGUUAAUCCAAAGAUCACUGUUCCAGUUGGAUGCACGAGACUCUAUGACCUUGCCUUCCCGCUCGGGUUCGUUAUCAGUGCCGUUUUGUACGUGGCUAUAAGUAAGAUAUGGCCGCCUAUGGGACUCGGCGAGGUCGAUGAGUCUGAUUACUAUGGGACGUUCACUACUGAGGAAGCAACGCGACUAGGCGUUGGUCCUAGGGACGAGAUAGAAGGAGUGGAAGUUUUCAGAGCCUCUAAGGAGGUUAAUAGUGAUGUGCAAAUGAAGUCUUGACCUUUUGAUGUACUCGAACUUUGUGCGCGAUAUUUGUUAUAUCAACUCAUUUCAAUCAUUGGUACCUUCGGAUUUUCUCGUCGUCUUGUUUUAUGUACUGUAUAUCCCGAGUAAUACACCUGCAUAGGUAGCCAGACAAUAUAGCGUCUAUAUCGGGGUAUCUUGCCUACGUUAGUCCCAGGUUUCACGGGUACGUCGGGUCCAUGCCAACAAAGAACCACAUAGAAUGCAGGGCGUUCAAAUCAAUAUUGGG